UCCAAAAUGAGCAGUUUUAACAAACUGAACACACAAAGACUGCCACCAUUUACAACGACAGCACAGAUGAGAAUGUCCAAACAAGACCUGGAAAGAGAUUCGGGCUUCUCAGAUGCCAGCUCGGAGUACCUCAGUGCAGUGGAGGUCACAGACUCGGAAGAUACUGGAAGGAAUGGGUCGAUAAUCGGGCAGGAACCAGCUGGUCAGCAGGUGGCCUUGGUAGGAGGUUCAUAUCCUGGACUGUCUCCAAUGAUCAUUAUGAACAACUUUGUCCUAAAACAGCCAUCACCAAUGGCUCCACCAGAGAAACAGUGGGGCUUUCCUUCAUCAAUGGAAGUGAUGCCCCAAUCUCAGAUGGUUCUUCUUCAGCCAUUGGUAUCGAAUGGCACAAACUGCUCUCCGAAAGCUCGCUCUGACGGCAUGCGACAAUCAAAAAGCUACAGUCCUAUCCUCAAGUCAUACCCCAGAAUUGCCCCUUACCCAGUGGAUUCACCCUCUAAGAGAGUGGAAACAUCUAGGCUGACUGCAAACGGAACGGUGGCAUAUGAGCAGCGACAGAGGAGACGCCAUGACCCCCAGAGGCCUGACAACUCCCACAGCCCACUGUCAGAUCUGCAGAUGCAAGCUCAAGCUGCCUGCAACUUUGAAGCAUCAAGCAACAAAUCUCACGCUGCUGAGAGUCAGGAGCAAGAUUCUGACAAAUUUCUGACCGCAGCAACAGAAACCAGCUCAUUAGCCAACUUCACAUAUGAGGAGCUGAGGAGCGUAUCUGAUGAUGGCAGCAUGCCUGCAGAGAAAUUUCAGGAUCCCAUCUCAAUGCACAGCAACAAACUGAAGCGUUUCAGCAAUACCUACAACAUCCUCAACAAGUCUGGCCUGCUAGGGAUUACGCUGCGCACAAAGCAACUGAUCAAAGAAAACAAGCGCACGCAGGGCCAGCUGCACCUGCUGCAGGAGCAAACGGCUCUGCUGCUCGAAGCACUGAGCAGCGGGGAUCAGCAGCUCUUGACUAAACUCCAGGCGUCUUUGCAGGACACAGAAAAGGAGCAGUUCGGGGUUAAAGCUCAGAGUGUCGUAGCGUAACUUGUUUGUGGACGUAACCAGCAGUUCUAAAUCUGAUUUCAGGAGGAUUAAUAAAGAGGUCAUCAGAUGCUGAAUGUGUCACAUUGUUAUGACAAACACAGCUCAGCUUUCACCAUUUUAUCAGGUGGCUGUAGGUGGACAGUGCCUUGCAGAAGUUCACACACCCCUUGAAACUUUAAUACAUUUUGUCACUUUAUAACAACAAACAGCAACUUGUUAUUGGAAUUUUAUCUUCUAGACCAGGAGUCUGCAGCCUGUGGCUCCGGAGCCUCGACUGGUUCUUCUACAUUGGUUCUAAACACUUUGACUAAAAAUGAUUAAGAAACGGCUGAUUUAAAAAUGGAUAUAACAACAAUAAAGUUUUUAGCUGUUUUCAUUCAAUGAUUUAAUUUAAUUUCCACAACAGGAUGAUACUAAAAGUACCAGUCAUUUUUAUUUUGAUGUAUUUUUCUUAUGUUGUGCAAAUAUCACAAUAUCUAGUAUACAAAAAUGUAGCCAUCACCUUUUUGAAAAAGAUUCGUGUUUUUCUUUAUAUCAAAACCUAAAAAUAGAUUAGGAAUAAAAUAGUUGCUCUUUAAAAAUUACAACAAAUUUCCUGUUGUAAAUAUUUAUCAAAAAAUAUAAUAUGUCGGGGUUUGUAUUUUAUUUUAUUUUUUUCAAAAGGUCAGUUAAUAUUUGUGCCCCUAGACCUUUUUAAUGAGCUGGAAUGGGAGCAAAAGAAAACUUACGUGUUAAUGUAAAACUAAAAGGUUUGAAUUCAUAUGCACACCACACAAAUCUCAGAAUUGUCUGUUGUUGCCAUCCACAGUUAUUUGCCACAUACGACAAAAUGUUAGAAAGUUGAGGGGAAAUUAUUACUUCUGCAGAGCACAGUGUAGAAACCAGGAAUCCUGAAACAUUUAGCACUGCUGGUUUGACAUGAAUCUGAAGCACAGCCUCUGUAAUCAACGGGAGUUUGGAAGCAUGCUUACGUUUCAAACCCUUGCCUUUAACAAAAUAUCUGCCUCUGAUGCGAAAUGGAUGAAAGUGGUACUUGCAGCGGGGCUUUCUGGCUGUCGGUGUCAAAUGCCUAAAAAACGCAUGCCUUAUAGCAGAUUAGCCAGACGGAUGUCUGAUGUCUGUCAUACAUCUCUAACAGGUCAACAUGCUUUUUUAUUUUUACUAUAAACUUCAAAUUCUUGUUAAAUGCAUGAGCAAAUGCCUUAUGUAUUAAAGUGUGAAUAGUCAUAGCAGUUGAAUUACACUGGGAGAAAAGAGCUGGGUGAACUGGGUCACUACAAGCUAAAAAGACAGCAUAUCAAGUGCUGAAACCAGCUAACUGAUUGGUUUUUGAUAAAUGUGUGCAUUUUCUAAACAAAGUGCGUGGCUUCACUUCAGAACGAGGACAGGCAAACAGAUUGUGACUUAUCUAAAUCAGAUUGCAGCUUUUCACCUCUUCACCCUGUCUGAAACAAUCUGCAGAGUAUUGUAUUGCAUCGGUGGAUGCAGUAACAGACAGAGGUCACUAAUGUUUUUCGUCAAGGUUUCUGCGUCAGGGAUGUUUUCUUUUUUUUUUUUUUUUUUUUUUUUGUCCCUGAUAUAACAGCAAGUCGGUAAAAUGCCUCAGUAACUUUAAUUGCAGGAAAAUGACAUGUAACAUGUAAUCAGUAUUACAUGGGCUAUGUUAAUAUUGAUUGUGUCCUGCUCAACUUGCUCAGAAAUAACUUGAGGUACACAGCUGUAUCUGUUUUACUUGACAACAGAUACGUUGUCCAAAAUAUAGCUUAAGUAGGAAAGCCUCAAAUGGAGUCGAUAUGACUCCAAUUAGUCAUGCGAUGACUAAAAUUUGAAUAACUUUUAUAUAUUGUUUUUCAAGCUGUGCACUUUAAAUAGACUGUGAUUAAAAAUAAAAAAAGGUACAUAAAAACCACAUUUGAGUGGCAGACUUAAGAUCUGACAAUUAAGGUUAUAAAGCGGUGGAAAAUUCUCAGAAACUUCAUGUGAGUUUAAGCGAUAACCUAAUUUAAAAACUUGACAGUUUUCUGUCACAUCAUAUCCAAAUACUAGCAUAAACAUUUGGUUUUACCAUUAACGGAUAACAGAUCCAAUAAAUUUUGCAGUUGCAAAGCUUUACAUUUUCAAGCAAUAUGUCUCAUCAGGUUUUAAUUGCUUUCAUGGAACAAUUAUUUUGUUAAACAUCAAACAGAUUUUUAAAAGCAUACCCCUGCCUUUAAACAAGGUGAAAUGACACCAUACUCCAAAAGUAAUAAAUAUUGUUAUCGAGCAUGGUUUCCUUUUAGUAAUUGAAAGCAUGGACAGUAAAAAUCUCCUUGCUCAGAUUUUUCAGGUUGCAUUUAGUCGCAAUCUGUCCUCUACCUGGGCCGCAUCAAAAUCUUCAGUGACAUACGUCAGCCGUCCAGGUUGUAGAAAUCAUCUGUGCAUGUGAUGGAGGAAUGCAAAAUGCAUGUAGGGGAUGUGGUCGUUUUACCCUUUAAUACGCAGAGUAUGUGACUGGAAUAGCUUUGAUAUGUGUAAAUCUACUUGUAUGAAAUCUGGGGUUUUUUUUGUGAUUUUCCAAGCUACUUCUGGAAUCCAUGAGCAGCACCAACUUUAAAUAUUUAAAAUUGCUUGUUUCUUUUCAUUUACUUUAAAGGCAUAACAAUAGUUUUAUCUUUUAUCUUUAAAUAUUGGAGGUUGAGUUUAGUGAGGGAUUCUGAUGAUGAUUGGUUACCAAGACAGUUUCCCUCAGCAGCUCAUUGAAAACCAAAAUUAAAGUUUCUUCUUGGAAACCUUUGUAAGUUUUAAAAUGGUGAUGCUGAUCACCUUUGUUACAAAAACUAUUCAGUCACUAAUAAUUUUAAUUAGUGACUGAAUUUAUUUUUCUGACACUAAAAUGGUUCAUCGAGUUUCAUCUUUAUUAUGCAUUUGAUAAUUUCAUCGGAUUAUUUCUGCCACUGUUUUGGUUCUUUUCCCAUUAUGGUUUAUUUACCAAGAAAACAUCAGUGGAUGGUAGUAAAAUAUAUAUAUAUAUAUAUUUUUUUUGUUCCUCACGUUUUAGACAUAUUUACUGUUGGUAUUAUUUAUUCCUCAUAACUGUGACCAAAAAUUUAAGGAAGAGGUAUGAAUAAUCUUAAGAAGUGACAUGGAGAUGUUUGCCAGUUUCAUGGUGAAAUUUACUCCAUCUUCUUUUUUUUCUUUUUUUUAAAAGAACUCUGUUGAUACUGAACAGAAAUGUAGCAAUGAAAGUGCUGUAGCCAUAUGAUUGUUUAGAUUUGAGAUCUUUUGUUGCCAUCACUAUUCUUUCUGUAAAUGUUUGCUUUUUAAAUCUCGAUAAAAGGCUUUCUGGCAAAAAACAUGACAACUUUAGACUUGCACUUUGGUCCCAGAUUUAUUCAUUUGAGCAUUGUGUAUCGAAGAAAUAAUGUGAAUCUAAAUAUUUAUCUUAAUGCCUGUGCCUUUUUAAGUCUAUUCAUGUUUGUGCUUCAUAUUUCUGUGCUUAGAUUUUCAGCUUAGUUUUGUAAAUCUUUUUAUCACGUGGAGGGAAGUUGAAUGUACUCAAAGAACUCCAGAUUUUUUUUUUUUGGAUGAUCUACUGAGAUGUUACUUUCUGAGUUGCUUUAUAUUGUGAAAACCUUCAUAUUUAAAAUUUAUAGUCUUUUAAAACCUCUGUUGUAAUUCUGUUUAAAUCUUUAAUUAAUCAUUGGUUUUUGGCAAGAUAUUGAUCAUAUUUAAAGUUAAGAGGAUGGGGUUUUCUUUUUUUACUCUGCUGUUGCUUGGUUUUGUGACUUGUGCAUUCUGUUUUGUCUUUGUCAAGUGUUAAACUGUUUGAGAUAA